AUGAUAUCUCCUCUCUCUAUUGAAAAGUCUUCGUUUGAUCACUAAAAACGAAAACCCUUCAGUCCCACUGAAAUAACUCAAUAGUAAAAUUUAUUAUAACGAAAAUUGCAACAACAAUAAUCAGACAUCAUUUCAACUAUUCAACCUAAAAAAGUUCACUUGAAUAAUAAUUUUCAGCAUGGACUAUCAAAACUGCUCAAAACCAGUCCCUAUGGAUAAUUAGUUAAGCAAAAGUCUCAAAUUCAAAUAUUCAAUUAGGACAGUAUCUCGUAAAACUAUUAGAGUGGUUGUUCUCCUCCAUUCUAAACUUCUCAUAAUUUUUUUCAAGCAGAUUAAAAACAAUCGAAUUCACACACUUAGAGCAGCAUAUAGAGACGAAUUCCCUCCAAUUGUAAAGUCACUCUCCAUAAAAAAUCGUUUGAUAAUUCUUCCCAGUUAAUAUCCUGUAGAGUGAAAGAUUAAUAAACCAUAUCGGCCCUUCAAUUGAUAUUAUAAAGAACAACUCACAUAUUACAAAAUUAUAAGGACGAAAUUCUCAAAUAUGAAGUUGAAAAUGCUAAACUCAAAGAAAAAAUUGCAAUUCUGAAAAACUCAUGA